GCGCUUGGCCCUGAGCCCAGCAGCCAGGACGCCAGCAGCGUGGCUGCCCUGUCGAGGGACACGCUGGCCACAGAGCCUGUGCAAGGGCUGUCGUACAGCGCCUGGCUGAUGGCGGGGGCCAGCAUCGAGCCCUUGGCCAAGGCCUCGGCGGGACGUGCUGCAGAGCUUGCCUCCAUGCUGGGCGGAGGUUCAGGAAAUCCGGGCUGCGUCCCUGGCCCUGUCGCAGCCUGCCUCUGUAGCAGGGAGCGGGUCUUGGUCCUCAGGGUAAUAGUCCAUGAUGUGAACGAGCUCACAGAAAAGCUGUUUCCAAUCGUCAAAGCCAUGCAGAAACACUUCAGUGCUGGAUCAGGCACCUACUACAGUGACUCGAUCUUCUUCUUGUCGGUCGCAAUGCAUCGCAUCAUGCCCAAAGAAAUAACACAGAUCAUCCAGGUAGACUUGGACCUGAAGUACAAGACCAACAUUCGAGACCUGUUUGAUGAGUUUGACAACUUCCCGGAGGGAGCAGUCAUUGGCAUUGCCAGGGAAAUGCAACCAGUGUACAGGCACACUUUCUGGCAGUAUCGCCGUGAGAACCCCCAAACCAAAGUGGGGGACCCCCCUCCUGAUGGGCUGCCCGGCUUCAACAGCGGCGUCCUGCUCCUGAACCUGGAAGCCAUGAGGCAGUCCAAGCUCUACAACCAGCUGCUGGAGCCCGCCAUGGUGCAGAAGCUGACGGAGAAGUACCACUUCAAGGGCCACCUUGGGGACCAGGAUUUCUUCACCAUGGUGGGGAUGGAGCACCCAGAGCUCUUCCACGUGCUCGACUGCACGUGGAACCGGCAGCUUUGCACAUGGUGGAAGGACCACGGAUACAGUGACGUUUUCGACCAGUACUUCCAGUGCGAGGGUGAGGUCAAAAUUUACCACGGGAACUGCAACACCCCGAUCCCUGAAGACUAGGGCACCCACCACCCUCAGGAGCAGCUCUGACUGCAGCGAGCCUUG